ACCCAUAUCCCCGGAUAAUUAUCUCCGCAGGCAGGUGAGAGUUCCGCACGUCUCAUUAGCGCGAGUCGAGACAGAGAUUCAUGCCUGCCGGAACUAAUUGGCCAACCGAUGAAGCGUCUCCGGAGAUUCGUCGAUUGAUCUCACCGAGCAUGGAGUUCCGAGCGCAACCGUUCGAUGUGGAGGCCGUCUUCGCGAAGACGAGGAGGAAGCGGCCGAGGGGGCUGCGCGGCCCGAACUCACCUCUCUACGCGUCCAUCUGGCCGAUGGUGCACAUCGUGCGACUCUUCGGCUUCGCUCCUUAUAAGUUUUCGCAGGACCGGCUGGUGCCGUCAAACGGCUACCUAAUCUUCUCGGCGAUCGCCGCCGUGCUCUACAGCUACAUACUUUACGUGAUAGUUCAGAGAUUUACGAACGUCAAGCAGGACCAAACGACCCUAAAUAGGACGGAAAACGCAAAGGUGAUCAUCAACUACAGCGUGGUGGUAUACGAGCUCGGCCUGACGGUUUUCAUGAGACGCAGCUUCACAAGGACAUGGAAUGCCCUGCAGGACUACGACGAGAGCGUCAGACAGUUGGGCUAUCCUCGCAAGGAGACGAGAACCGCGAUUGCCGCUUGGAUUCUCGCUAUAGUAACAGCGACCGUGUGGACCACAGUCAACAGAUCCGGGAUGUACGCCUUUCUCGAAACAUGGAUCUACAAUAUGGGAUAUAUGCUGUCGUACGUCGGUACUUCGAUAGCCCUCUAUAAGUUCGUGGGAAUAGCGUAUUUUCUCGGGCAACGGUUUCAUCAUCUCAACACGAUCGCGAUAAAAAACCUCCCGUCGCCGUCGCCUCGAGAGAAAACCACGCAUGUCAGCAGAAAGACGAUCCAGAGUCUACACAACGAUCUCAUGCUCGCCGCGGAGAAUCUGGAGUCCCUGUACUCUUGGUCACUGCUGCUCUGGCUGUGCAAUCUCAGCGUGCACGCCGUCAGCAACGUGUAUUUCAUCAUCGAGUGGGUACUUAUGACGUCGUGGGAGACGGUAACGUGGCCACUGAUCUACUGCAUGAGCGCCUGGCUUUUGGCGGUCCUCAUCCAGCUCCUGUUACUCCACAUCGCCUGUGACUUCGCUUCCUCUCAGGCUAAUUAUAUGGGUCCAGUUCUUAUCGAGUGGCAACUAAGAUUGAUGAGGAGAAAUGAGGAAUGCACCGACUCGACGCUGCAAUUUCUAAAUCGAAAGCUCAAGUUCUCCGCCGCCGGAUGCUGCUACGUGAACUUGCCGUUGUUACGAUCGAUCGCCGCUUUGCUGGCCACGUAUCUAGUGAUAUUGCUGCAGUUUCCGUCCUGAGGGUGCCCUGGAAAUAAAAGCGAGGAAGUAUCGUAAGGUCGUUCUGCGUAUCUCGCGGUUAUAAAUUUCGAGUGCGUAUCCCAUCGAGUCGAACUCGGUCAGUUCUGCAUCGAUGAUCCUUGUACAAUAUUAGACCGGAUAAGUAUGUGUAGGUUGAAAUCGAAACAGCUGAAUAUUGUUUGC